AUGACGAACCAGUUCUGUUGGCUGCUCCUGGUGGGGUUCUCUGCGCUCGCUUACCAGGCGGUCGGAGCCGCACAUCCUGCCACGGAAGUUACCAAUCAGGAAAUUCGUGACGCCAUCCUUUCGCUGGUGCACUCGUACAACACGCUGGACAACAAGCUGGAACGCCAUGAGCAACGUGAACGUGCCCACGCCGAGCAGGUGAAGAAGAGCUUAAUCCUCGUGCAGAAGAAUCUGCGAGCGCUGGAACCACUGCCAGGGAUGAUCAGUCGCUUGGAAUCACGCACGGGCGAGAUCGAAACGGCCCUGUUAAAGGAUGGCGAGCAGAUCGGAAAGUUCUCGGAACAACAGGGCCAAGUGAGCGUCUCACUGGAGGGCAUUCUCAACUGGCUGUCGAGCAACGCACAGGUCCUGGAAUCUCGCUCCGGCACCGGUGGAGGACGCGAUGACGAUGACGAUAAUGUGGCCACGAAGCUGGAUGAAGUGGCCGCAACGGUGCGCGAGUUACGCCGUGAGUUGGCCGAACUGAAGAGUGAUCGUGAUGCCACCGAGGACGUCAACCGACAGCUGCUGCGCGAGACAGAGAAACUGGUCAACUCGAAGCUCUCGUCGGCGGACGAAAUCAUCGCGAAGAUGGAAGAAAAGUUGUCCCAGUUCUACCUCACCAGUCCGGUUAUCGCGACACAAAACGUCGACUUUGAGGAGAAGGUGUUGCGCCGUCUCGAGGACCUAGGCAACUCGAUGACCGCCGGAGGAGCCGGCGGUGGUGCCCUGGCGGUGUCAUCCGCAUCCCCCAGCACCUCCCUGCCCGAUCGCCAGUUCAUCCAAGGGCUUGUGAACGAAACGCUGGACGCGAUCAACGACAUGCGACUCGAAGUGCUGACCGCAUCGGACAAAAGCUUCACGAAAACGGCCACCCGCAUUAAAGAGAACAACGAGGUGCUGCAAUCCUCGGUGGACGAGAUACUGAAGACGCUGACGGAGGAGCUCACGACGGCGGAAGCGUUCCACAGCGUGGCGAAAGAGCAGUUCGGUUCGAUGAACGACACGAUGGCGCAGCUGUCCGUGUUUCUGCUGAAGGCGGGCGAAAACAUUCUGGACGCGAAGCGGGGCAUCGAUUACGGCAUUCUGCAGAUCAUGCGCGAGGUCGGUGACGUGGUGAAAUCGAAUUCCGGCAGCCUUAACGCGACGGUAUCGAAACGGUUCGACGAGAUCGGUGCGACCAUCCUGGACAACCAUAAUGGGGCGUUGGCAAACCUCAGCUCGAAGAUUGAGAUGGAGAUCAGCCAGGUGUGGCGCCAGAUCGGUAUCAUGUAUCAGGAGAUUUCGUCCAGCAAGCAGGCACUCGAUCGGCUCCAGGAACAGACGGAAACGUACGUGAACGGAACGCUCAACACGAUGGACAGCAUGGAGGGCAAGGUCUCGCUCAUUACCAACCGCAUGACGGAGGUGGACUCGAACCUGAACUAUCUGCUCGGUCGGCUGUCGAUGGUGACGCAGGAGUUUAACCAGAUCAAGCUUGGGCUUGGAAAGGCGCUGGACGAGAUAAAGGGCAGCUUUGCGGAGGUGCAUAACCGCGUGCGAGGCCCCGGACCCCACCGGAUCUCGUCCCAGGAGGUGCUGGACGAUUUGGGGCCGGAAAAUGCGAAGUAACGGGACGGUCAGAGCCCCCGUGGAAGGAGUGGAAGUAUUCUCUAGAGCCAAAAAACCAUAAAACGCAUAUACAGCGCGCGAGAGCGGGUCCUGCGGGGCCCUCGGUGAGGCGGAACCGUAGCGGUUAGAUAAAGGAUCGUGCUAAAGGGACGAAAGGGAAAGGAUAACCGGCUGCCGAAGGGCUGAAUUUUCCGCCGACGUCGGCGUCGCUGUCCCGUUUCAGUCCUUUUUGCGAACGCGUAUCAAUUUACUUAUUAGUUUAGCGAGUAAAGAGUGUGUCCUGGGGGUGUGCUUAAGCAAGGGGGAGAAGAGGAAGCGAAACUCGCAAACCCGGAACCGGAACCGGAAGUGUGUAGGGCAGGAAACGAUAGUUUGCGUAAACAAACGUGUAAGAAACGGCUAUUUUGUACGAAAUUGUAGACAUUUUCUUUCGAAAAAUAAAGAAACUUAAUUAACUUAA